AUGCGUUCCUUCCCUAUUCUUCUCACCGCUGCCGCCUUUGGUGUAGCAUCAGCAAACCCCCCCUCUGACGAUGUCGUUGUAACUGUCACAUCGACACGCACCCACACCUUUUGCCCAAUCACACAGGCCGUCACUUGCCCAGCCGAUCCAACAGGUACCAACGUCAGCCCGGGAGGUGGUAAUGGUGGUUCUGGUGCUGGCUGGGGAAAUGACGGACAAGGUGCUCCGGGCCAGAACGACAACGUUGGUGAUGUCUGGGCCUCUCUUUGGAACAACGCGAAGACCGAAUACCAUGGCCAGUGGGACGACUGGAACAACGUUGUUCCAACCUCGACAUCCUCCAAAUCAGCCUCGACCACGGCAGCCCCAACCACAACUGGUAGCCAUUCCGGUGGAUAUUCCACAACUGGCUAUUGGAACGGCACUACUACAAGCGGCAGCGCAACUUACAGCACUGGCACGUGGUCUUCCACCACCUCAAGUCAGUCAGCCGGCCCUACCGUGAUCAAGAACGAAACCGAUGUCUGCAACGACAACCUCCACCGAUCCAAGUGGUGUGACAACAAGAGCAUCGACUCCGACUACUACAAGAACGAUUACCACACCGGUGUUACCCGCAAAUAUAUCUUCACUAUCACAAACACGACUUUGGUCUUUGACGGAACGGGUCCCAAACUCGCUCUCGCCAUCAAUGGGCAGGUUCCAGGACCGGUGAUUGAGGCUAACUGGGGUGAUGACAUCGAGGUGACUUUCAUCAAUAAGCUCCAAGACAACAGCACCUCCAUUCAUUUCCACGGUAUUCGUCAAGAGGGUACCAACGACCAGGAUGGUGUCCCAGGUAUUACCGAGUGUGGUAUUGCUGGAAACGGUGGAAGCCGCACCUACAAGUUUCACGCAAGCUCCUUCGGUACUUCUUGGUAUCACAGCCACAUGUUCACUCAACUUGGUGAUGGUAUCCGCGGUCCCAUCGUCAUUCACGGCCCUGCUACCGCCGACUACGACUACGACAUGGGUACCCUGAUGUUGGACGACACAUUCACGAUUUCCGCCGCUGCUCAAGCUGCUAGAAUUGCCCACUUCGGACCUGGCGGCACAUUCAACACUCUUUUCAAUGGAAAGAACAAGAGCCCCGAUGGAAAAGCAGGCGAGUCUUUCGGCUGGUCCGUCAAACCAGGCAAGAAGCAUCUCUUCCGCAUCAUCAACAGUGCCGCUCAAAAUUCCUUCAUCGUUGGUUUCGAUAAACACACUCUCACUGUCAUCGCCGCUGAUUUCAUUCCCAUCAAGCCUUACAAGACUGACACUGUCAAGAUUGCUAAUGGUCAACGCUAUGAUGUCAUCUUGGAGGCUGAUCAGGCAAUUGACAAAUACUUCGUCCGUGCUGUUCUCCAGACUGCGUGCCCCUCUGGUGGUGCGAACUCUGGCCUUGGUGUCGCCAACGCCAUCAUCACCUAUGAAGGUGCCAACUCCACUGCCGCCCCUCUAUCUCAAACCGCUAUCACCAAUGUGACUGCUGCCAUCUGCGAAGACGAGCCACUUGCUAGCCUUGUGCCUUACAACACGAAACCCGCUGGUACCUUGAGCCAAUUCCAAGGCUCUUCAUCGACCAUUCCUGGCGGUGCUUUGACCUCGGUGGCCACCAACGAUGAUGGCACAGUUUUCCAAUGGUUCCUUAACAAUGCCGUGAUCAAUGUGGAUUUCCACAACCCAACUCUCCAAACCUUGGCCUCUGGCACCAACAACACCAUUAGCAACCCCAUUACUCUCAACAAGGCAAAUGAAUGGGUCUACUUUGUUAUUCAGAACCAGUUCUUUGUUUCUCACCCGAUGCAUAUCCACGGUCACGACGUUUCAAUUCUUGGACAGGGCCAGGGUAACUUUGGUUCCGCCCAGGCAUCGAGCCUGAACUUUGCCAACCCCAUGCGACGUGAUACCGUCAUGUUGCAAGGUGGCGCUGGUCCCGGGCAACCAACUGGCUAUACCGUCAUUGGCUUCGAGACUGAUAACCCGGGCGCAUGGCUCAUGCAUUGCCACAUCGCAUGGCAUUUGGAUGGCGGUCUCGCUUUGCAAUUCAUCGAACGACCCAACGAUAUCGGCGCCUCUGCUUAUGUCAACAAGCAAUCUUUCAAGGAUGAGUGCUCCGCUCUGACUGCGUAUGAGGCUGCCAAUCCCCAAGGCGCCAAAACCUCGGGUCAAUCUGGUCUCAAGAGACGCUAUGAGGCAUUGGACAUUGAGCCAUACCGUGCUGGUGCCAAGAUGCACAUUGACAAGUAUCGCAAGCGAUAUGCUGCUCAUAGCCACCAACACUAA